AUGGCUGAGGAAACAAGCUGUAAAAAGCCCGCGUGGCUAACUGAGGAAUACGUAGAGAAAAAACUAAGAAUCUACUUCAACAACGACAGCCUCAACCUUGUGAAACUGGAGGUAAAGCCGGCGACAGCAAAUGGAGAAAACUACGCCAGUGUGAUGAACCGUAUCAAUGUGGAGUACAUCACAAAGGACUCAAAGGAUAAGAAGCCGGCAACGUUUCUGCUGAAAACGACCUUCGCCGAUAAGGAUCCCGCAGCUCAUUUGCUUAUCAACUACGGAAUCUACACAAGAGAAAUAGAUAUGUACGAACAGAUCCUGCCACAAUUGGCGGAUAUUGUGCGGAAGGAGAUCCAGGAUACCCGGAAAUUAUUUGCUGCUACUGUGAACGUGGAUCGUGAACGGGACUCAAUUCUUUUUGAGGAUUUGUCGCUGGAAAAUUACAAAGUGGCCUGUAGGCUAAAGAAACUGGAUCUGGAGCAUACUCAUUUAGUGCUGGGAAAACUGGCAGAUUUUCAUGCAGCCGGAGCAGCUUUAGCAGAGCGGAAGCCUGGAAUCUUUGAUAAAAACUACGAUCGUGGAUUUUUUAACAAACAUGUUCGCGGCUACGAACCAAUCAUGAAAAAUAUUUUGAAGUCCUUAUACCGUACCUUGGAAUUAAAUCAGGAUCUAAAAGAGCGAUACCAAAAGAAGAUCAGUCAUCUUAUCGAAAAUAUAAUGGACUAUGGUGAGCGGUCGACGUCAGUUAAUCCCGGCGAUUUUGUGACCCUGGCUCAUGGAGAUAUUUGGACCACAAAUGUGAUGUUUAAGUACGAUGACGAAGGUCAUCCCAUAAACGCCAUUUUCAUAGACUUCCAGUUUAGUGUUUGGAACUCUCCAGCCAUCGAUUUGCACUAUUUCUUCUCGACUUCAAUACACGAAAACCUUAGACUGGAGCAUCAGACGGAACUGGUCCAAUUUUACUACUACAAGCUUGUGGAGGCUCUGAAAAAGGUGAAACAUUUGGGCAAGGUGCCUAGUUUGUUUGAUUUCCAACAACAAUUUCGAGCCAAGGCUUUUUAUGCUGUGUUUUCAUCACUGAUAUUCGAGCCUACUAUGGUUUACAAUGGCAAGGAAGAGCCGUCAAUUGAAAGUUUUUUGUCCGACGAUGAGGAAGGAUUACGGAUAAGGGACGCAGUAAUCCAGACAGAAGAAAGCCAAAAGAAAUUACACCGGAUAUUACCGUUCCUCGAUCAAUUUGGACUGCUAGACGAAAUGUGAAAAUAUGCAAUAACAAGAAAAGAAGCUAGCUUCGGCAAGCCGAAGCUUAUAUACCCUUGCAGUCAUCAAAUACAUAAAGGCCAAAGAACAUCGAA